GUCGAACGUGACGCUACGCCAUCAUCAAAGAUGGCUGACAAAGAAAACACAAACAUGGAAGUCGAUAAGGAAAAGAAUAAACCAUUUGCUAACAAAGUUGAGUCACUCGUUGACGAGGUUACCCAAAGAAUAGGCAACCAGAACAAUGUGGAAGGCAAGAAAAACCCCAGUGAAAGCCGCGCCACAGCGGAAUACUGCGAGCAACUGCAGGCGUGGAUGUGGCAGUACUACACUGGAUAUGUGAACUGGCAGAGCUGGCUGGCAGCGUCAGCCAUGUCCUACCCUUGUUAUAUACAGUCGGCGAGUGGGACGUCGAUGGCACCUCUUGAUAUCAGCUCCCACAGCUGGUAUAACGCUCUUCCGUUGUCGCUGUAUCCACCUGCCGUCACCUCCCCAGGCAGCCGGGCAGGUGACGCGGCUGGCGGGGCUGCGGUGUCCACUCAACCGCAGCAGCUGCCGCAGGGCAACGGGAAUGCACAGAGACCAGGUCGUGAGUAUAGCAUUCCUUCACCUCUCCAAAGACUCAUGGCUGAGAUGGUGGAUUUCUUCAUAUUGUUUUUCAUCAAAGCAACCAUAAUUAUCAGUAUUAUGCACCUGAGUGGAAUCAAGGAUGUUUCCAAGUUCGCCAUGCAUUUCAUAGUGGAGGAAAUAGAUGAGGACACAUCAAUGGAGGAGCUACAGAAAAUGAUGCUUGUUGCACUUGUUUACCGGAUAUUAGUGUGUUUUUAUGAGAUUGUGUGCAUUUGGGGAGCAGGGGGAGCCACUCCAGGGAAAUUUCUCAUUGGACUCAGAGUUGUUACAUGUGACUCAUCAAUUCUGGUUCAGCCCAACAGGGUGCUCGUUGUGCCAGCGACUAAUGUCUCUCUGUCUGCAUCAACUGUCCGAGCGUUAAACAAGAACUUUUCGAUUGCCUUCUUUUUCCCGGCCUUCAUCACACUCCUCUUCUUCCAGCACAACAGGACUGUGUACGAUAUGGUAGCUGGUACAAUUGUUGUCAAGCGCUCCAGGGUUAGAUGACGUAGACCCCCAGAAGAGAGUCCUACACUAAUGCUGAGCUGGCCCUGUGUGAUGUUUUUUUUUAAAAAAAAAAAUGCUUGCAGAACUCGGACAUCAUCCUUUGAAGGUAUCGUCAGAACAUGCAGCAGCAUUAAGAUGGUUUGAUACACAUCAGUAUGAACGAUUUCAGUUCCCUGCGACUCGGGUUUGGUUUCCCUCGGACACAUACUGUAUAUCUGCAUGUGUAUCUACAUGCUGCGUUCAGACUCUGUGCCAAAUUAAUGUCUCCUUUGAAGACGGAGAAAAUUAUGGUACACGGCUACCUUUUCAUUAACACGAGAUUUGCCUGUUUAAGUACUCUUCUGGAUUAAGGGUGAAUGUCUUGUAUCACUCAAUAUUUAAGUCACUAAUUAUGCUUUCAUGAGAUUAUACCUUCAGUAUCUCUUUGCAGGGUGUCACAAUUCUGAUUCUGAAUCUAAAAUCAAUUGAAACAUGCAGUUUUAAUAAUUAAAAUCAAAAACAGGAUCAGCCAGUCUCACAGUAAUUUUCUCUUUCCACCCCUUUGUGUUCCCAGUUUGUUGUUGACUGGUAAAAUAAGUUAUUGCUAUUAUAUAUUUUAAAAUAUAAAUGACAAAACUAAGACUUGAUAGUCUUACAAUGGUAUAAUGUUAACUGUCAGGACUGAAAAACAAUGUUUAAAUUGAAAAUCAAAUAGUGCAUUUGGACGAUUGUGACACCCCUAUCUCUUUGUAUUAAAAAUUGUCUCGAGUUGUAUGCUCAGACUUUUCAUGUUUGAGUUGUUGACCUUUGUCACUGCAGGAGUGAUGCAUUGUGCUCAGCUACUAAAGUACUUUUAAGGCACAUCGAAAUGUAUUGAAAGGAAAUGUAAACCUGACCACAAUUGCUCUUCUUUUACUCUGAACUCAGCAUGUGUGUGAUUGAAAAGUUAACGUAUGACACAUUUCACGUGAUUAACUGUUUUUGGCAUUUAAGAAGAUUAAAUGAAUCCACUAAUUCCCUGCA